AUGAUCUAUUCGGUUUACGUGUUCCACCGGAACCGCUGCAUUUUCAUUGCCCAGUACUCCCAGAGAGGUGCGAACGUUCCGCCAGGCAGCAGCGACCCUGAUGGUCUGACAGCAGCAGCAACCGCGCAGCAGCAGCAGCAACGGGGCAGCACCGGCGCCAGGGGCUCUGCGGCGCGAGGCGCAGGAGUAGCAGCAACUGCGGCUGCUCAGCAGGCCUCCGCAUUCCCCCACAACGUUUCUUUACAGCGCAGCCCUGUCGGGUCAUCGCUGGCAGCAGCAGCAGCUCCUUUAGCAGCAGCAGCAGCAACAGGGGCCCACCCCAGCGGCUCGAACGGGGUGCGGGGCUCCUCUUCUGACCCGCUGGUGCCUGGGGGCCCCUGGGGGCCCCUCACGAAGCGGCAGCAGCAGACGGGCCGGCUGCUGGCAGGGUUGCUGUACUCCAUGCGUCGUUUCUGCGAGCAGGUGGGCCCCUCGGUGAGCAGCAGCAGCAGCAGCAACAGCAACAGCAGCAGCUUUAGCUCGUUCGCAACCCCGCACUACAAACUGCACUACCUCGAGACCGCCACGGGCUACGGCUUCGCCUGUUUGUCUUCUCCGGAAGUCCCGUACAUGUCGGAGGCGCUGCAGUUCAUUUAUGCUUCUCUUUUUCUCGAGUUGGUCAUCAAAAGUGCUUCUUUUUCUCCUUCGAAGCAAAUCGACAGUCCCGUCUUUGCGGAGCAGCUCCACUUGUUCCUCUCCUCCCUCCCGGCGUGGGACUCCUGA